AUGAUAAUCUACAAGUUAGUGAUUUGUUUUUUAAUAAUUCGACCGGUCGAUGGAUUUACUUUUACUUUUGGUAGGUUUUGGAAUGAUUUUGUUUCGUGGUAGGUUAUUGUGAUAAAAUUUUUAAAAAAACUGUUAAUUUUAGUUCAGUGGCUACUUGUUUUAUCAUUUUUUUAGGCAAAGAGUAAAACAACGGCAUAAAAAUGUCAUUUUAGGUGCAAUUCUGCGACAAAAGGAAGAUGCCCACAUAAGAGGAGCCUUAAACUUUGCAGUUGGCUGGCUAAAUGCUAAUUUAAAAUCAGCUGGCAAAUUUGGGUUGAAAGUUCAAAGCAUUCAACCUGGUGAUCAUUAUGGUGCAGUACAGAGUAGUACGUUUCAAAUUUUUUGAUUUUUGUUUUCUUAUUUUUUAUACAGUUUUUGUAAUGUUUAUGCAAAUUUUUAAGUGUCGAAAGCUGCAAAAAAUAAAUAAUGUUUGUGUAGAAUCUUUGUGCUAUAAUUUGGAGUUGUUUUAGCAUGCAAACUUCUUGAAAAAGAAAAAAUAUUUGGAUUGUUUGCACCGGCAGAAAACACUUUAAGUGCACAGCUUACACAAUUGGCCAAUUCGGUAGGUUUGGACUUAUCUUUAUUAAUAAGAGUUAGACAUGUAACAGGACCGAUUCUAAUUUUUUUUAUUUGGACCGGUCAAGACCGUUUGGACCGGAUCAAAUCUUUCAUUGCGAGACCUAAAUUUUUUUGUUUGAACUGGAUUAGAUCAAGACUUUUUCGGUGCAAUUCUAUUUUUUUUAUCUAGACCGGUUUGGACCGGCUGGAUCAAGUCAAAUCUUUCGUUGCAAGACUUCAGCUGGGCCCCCUGAGUCUUUGGUAGACAUGGGCAACAAGCCGGACUUUUGGAGGCUGGGUCUUAAUUUUUAGACGACCUAAACUUGGGUCAAGGCUGGCCCGGCUCGUUCAUCACGUUUAGAAUUAAGUGGAUUCCUGGUUGUCGGGUCUAUUUGUGGUGGCUUGGUUUUUUUCAAGUAUUUCAUCCCGGCUAACCCGGGCCCGCGGCCUAGCUUAGUGGACUAACUCUUAGGUCUGUUGACAAUAAGAAAAAACAAAAAAUGUGUAAAAUACGAUGCGUUGUAAAAAGCUGAUUUUAUUUUUUAUAAACGUAUAAUUUAUAGAAUUUAAUUUAAUUUAAUUUUACUUUUGCUUUUAGCUAGACCUCCCGUUGUUCACAGUAGUAGACGACUUUUCUGUCCCACAUCCACUGGAUCCGCUGAAUGAAAAUCGAAAUAAAUUCUCGUCAAAAAUCGAAAUGUUCCCGCGAGUACAGCUAAACGAUGCCAUCAGUGAUAUGAUACAGCAUUGGCGAUGGAAUAGAGUUAUUGUUGUUUAUUCUGAAGUUGAACGUAAGGUUUUUCAGGAAUAUGUUUUAUUUUAGAUAUUUAUUGUUUUUAGAUAAUUUUAUGUUUUUACAGUUUGUUUAGUAUGACCUUUGGCUUUUUGAUAUACUUUUGUUCUAUUUUAGGAGUGAUAAGGCUAAUUCCAUUUCUGGAACGUGAGCUAUACUCAAAUAUCAGAUUUCAAUUUGUGCAAGUUGAACAUGGAAACUAUCUGGCAGCUACUAAACAGGUAUGUGCGGUCGUGUAAUUGAUACUGAAGAUUUUAAUAGUCAAAAAAGAAAAACAAGGUUUUAUACUUUUAGAUCUAAUAUUAUUAGGUUUAAUAGUACUAGUCGAGCAAUUUAGGUUUGGGAGAAGGGGAGUAAAAUAUUGUUUUACUUUUGAAAUUUAUCAGGACUAAUAAGUUAAGUUUUUUCUAAUUUCGGGUUGUAGUGGAAACUUUACUAACCAGACCUGAAAAACAGCCUACUAGACCCGGUUUGAUAUAAAAAAAAUUUCUUGAAAGACCGGGGCCCAAACCAAAGCUGUAAAGACAGUUUAGGUCCCGCAACGAAAGAGUUUCCUCUACUGCUCAAAGCAAAAAAAAGUUUAAAAAAAAUUGGCUCGGCCUUUUUAUUGACCUACUACAACAAAAUGGCCUUGUUUUUAUAUAUAUAAAGUUUGGAUCAUAAAAAUUGAGGAAGUUUUAGAUCAAACAACUGGAAGAUUGUACGGAUAUUCAACAAGGCGAUUGUCAACAAUUCAGCCGGAUAUUAGUGGACAUGAACCCAAAGGACACUUAUGACUUUUUAUUAGCUGUAAGUUUGUUAUUAUGCUUAAAAAGGUUUGAAAGUAUAGUUUUUCUAAAGGUAUAAUAGUUUUUUGAUGACAUUUUCAAAUGUUCACUUUUAAUUUUAAGUUGUAUUAGCUAUAAUAUAAUUUCAAAAACCUGAAACUUUUAACAUCCAGGCCUUACAAAUGGGAUUCAUAGAGCUGAAACACUGGUUUUUGUUAACAUCAAUGGAUCUGCGAACGAUGGACAUGUCAUUGUUCAGACAUAACCAUGCACGAUUCAUCUCUCUCGAGUUGGUAUCACCUGAGUUUUUGAAAAAGGAAAAUCGAUUCAAUUUUGAAGAGUUUAAGCAUCAAAUUGCGUCGAAUUGGACAUUCGAAAAUGGAGACACCCAGGCUCUGAAAAUGGUGAGUAUAUUGUAACUUUCUCUUGUCCCAAUUAUUACCAUAGUCUCCAUAGUCUUAGUUGCUUUAGCCCUAGCAAUCGCUCUAGCCUUACUCUACCUUUCCCUACUUUAACCUUGAUUUACUCUAAUUUUUAUUUAUCCUAGCCUUGCUUUACCUUACUUUUUCUUUACUUUACUCAUGUUUUACUCAGCUCUAUCUUACUCUUGCUUUACAUUACCCUUGCUUUACUCUGCUUUUGCUUUACCGUAUCUUUUUCUUGCUUUACUCUUGUCUCACCUUACCCUUUGCUUCUCUUUGCUAUAAUAAGGUCUUAUCUUAUCCUACGUUACCUUGCUCAACUUCAUGCAGCUAACCUUACUCUGUUCUACCUUACCUUACAAUUGCUAAGCAUUAAAAAACUUCGUCACAACUUUAAAAUUUUUCAGUCCGAAGCCAUUCUAGCCUUUGACUCAGUUGUCCUAGUCGCCAAUUCUCUUCAAAAAAUGACAGAAAUCUACCCUCUAAAAACGGAAAUCCAUUCAAUCAGAUGCAGAUCAAUGACCCGAGGCUUUAUACCUUACCGUUAUGGUCGUAUCUUGAUUGAUACUGUCAAGAACAACACAGUACUAGGCUUGAGUGGAGAUUUGAGUCGAGUUGGUCGAGCUUUCGGAGCUUCUAGUUUUUCGUUUCGAAUCAAUUUACUUGGAUUUACCGGUCGAAUCGAUGACAUUGGGUAUUGGGAAGCUCAAACUGAUGUUCAUGUUAACAUGUCACAUGAUUCGAAGGCACAAAUUCAACAUAAUGUGAAGGUGUCGGAUGAACUGAAGCCUCAUUUUAGGGUUACUACGAUCAUGGUAAGGGGAAUUUGGCUAUUACAUAAUUUUAAAAAUGGCAAAAAAGACUGAUUUUUACUAUUUUUUGCAAAUUUUUUUGCAGUUUUUGGUAAUUUACAGCUUUAUUCCGCAUCAAAACAUAAUGAUCUACCUACUACAACACAGCAAAGACCCUAAUAAUUUAGUAAAAACAUGUUUUUCAGGAAAGACCUUAUGUUAUGUUGAAGAAAAACCACUUUGAAUUGGAUCAAAACGCUCAGUUCGAAGGGUUUUGUAUUGAUCUUCUUCAUGAGCUUUCCAAUGACCUCGGCUUUACUUAUACAAUACAUGUUGUGAGAGAUAACAAGUAUGGUAAUGAUAUAUUUGGCAAUGGAAGUUGGGAUGGUAUGAUCGGGGAGAUCUUGAGAGGGGUGAGUUUAAAUAAAAUUUUAAAAAAAUUUUGAAAUUUAAACUUUUUUUAUUUUUUUAAAUUUGAAUUUUUAUAAAAUUAAAAAAUUUUUUAAAAUUUUUAAAAUUUUGAAAAAAAAAAACUACAUUAAGCUUACCUUCAGGAAGCUGACAUGGUAGUAGCCCCGUUCACAGCCAACUUCCGUCGAGCAGAAGUGGUCGAUUUUACAAAACCCUUCUUAUCACUUGGCAUAUCAAUAUUAUUCAAGAUUCCAGCUGAUCAUCAACCAGACUUAUUUUCAUUUUUAAAUCCCUUAUCACUAGAGAUUUGGGUCUCAAUAGUUUUGUCGAUAUGUGGCUUAUCAGUUGGAAUGUACAUCUGUGCUCAGAUCACACCUUACGAAUGGAACUUGAACUUUUCGUGCUGUACUGCACAUCAACCACACCCAGCAGCGACUUAUACGGCUGAAGAUGCGCCUAUUCAGUUGUCGAAUAAUUAUAGGUAGGUAGGGGUAAGGGUUGAAGUAAACGUAAAAGAAAUGUCGGUUAAAGUAAGAAAAAAAAUGGCAAAGGCUUGGGUAGGGUAGAGUUUUAAGGCGACCCGCUGGGCUCGGCACAGCUUUGACUUAGCCUCUUUACAGGUCUAUGGUAAAGCCGAAGUAAAAGCUGCAAUAAGGACUACAUUAAAGGGUACGCUAACUUUUGUAUUAGUUUUCCUUCACUCAGGUGGUAGUACUUAGUUUUACGCUUCGCAGCAAGUAUAAGACAAGAUAGGGUAAUAUUCAUACUGUUUAGGGAAACUUAGUAUACUUUAGAGGACCGUACAGCAAGGCCAGGAACAGCUGAGGUAGAAAUUAAGGUAUUAUAGGACUAGGGUAAAGUAGCAUAGGUUCGUUAAGGGUAGGAAGCGUAAACACCAUAGAGUACUUUGAAGACAAAAUAGAGGUACGGUAAAGUAAGAUAUAAUGGGCAAUGUAAAGAAGAGUACUGUAAGGCAGAACAAUUUAAAGUAGGAUUUUGUAGGCUUUGAGAGGGGUAGAGCAAAUUAAGGUAUGGUAGAUACUGGAUGACAUAGUACUUUAAGGUUGGAUAAAACAAAUAGGUAGAGUAGGAUGGCGUAGGGUAGGGUAGGGUAGGGUAAAGUAGGCUGAGGUUUAGCAAAAUUAUGGUAAAAUGCGACGUUGGACGUAAAACACCUAUUUUCAGUUUUUGGAACACUCUGUGGUACGUAAUGUCAACAAUGUUAAAAGGCGGUUGUGAUUUUGGUCCGCGAGCAGUAUCAACAAGGAUGUUGGGAGGAACAUGGUGGAUGUUUACAUUAGUCAUUGUGUCUGCAUAUACAGCCAAUUUGGCAGCUGUUUUGACUGUCUCCAAGCCUCACAUACCUAUUAGAAGUUUGGAUGACUUGGCCAAUCAGUCUGACAUUCUUUAUGGGACUAUCAGGGGAGGGUCUACUAUGCAGUUCUUUCAGGUAUGUAUGUUAAUAUUGCCAUAAUUUUUGAAGAAUAGCCAAAAAUUAAAUAUUUUAAAAAUUUUUAGAAUUUAAAAUUUAAAAAAAUUUAGGAAUCAAAAAUACCAUCCCAUCAGAAAAUGUGGCGUUUUAUGCAGCUUAAAGAUGUUUUUGUACGAUCAAAUAGGGAAGGAGUACAGAAGGUGAUGAACCAUAACUAUGCGUAUUUGAUGGAGAGUACAUCACUCGAGUAUGAAGUACAACAAAAUUGUAAUUUGACUCAAAUUGGAGGUGUUUUGGGCUCCAAAGGCUACGGAAUUGCUUUGCAAAAAGGUUGGUUCUACUUUAUAGUUCUACCCUACCCGACUCUAUCCUACAGUAAUUUUCUUUACAAUACCUAUUAUACGUAGCCCUAGCUCAAGUGCUAGCUCUAACUUUACUUAUUUUACCCUGCCUUACUCUAUUGCCUUACUUUUCUUUUGUUUUACCUUACCUUAGCCCACUUGCUCUGGCCUUAACCCUAACCGUAACUUAACCUUAGCCCUAGCUUCCUACCCUAGCUGCCCUUACUGACUUUUCCCCAUUUUUAUAAGACCUUACCUUGCUGUACGUUUAUUAGGCGACAAAAACACUUUGUUGUAAUUGGACAUAAAAAGUGAUGUUGAUUGAUAAAACGUAUGUCUCUAUCCUACUCUAACUACCCUACACGGCACCCUGAACCAAUAGAAAUGAAACGCAUUCCUUUUUUGACAUUUCGCCACUAUCCUACAUGAGCAGGAACUUUAAAAAUUUUAUAUUACGAUGUUUUGUAAAAUACGUUUUAUGAAAUUGUUUCAUUAUUAUUUUAGGCUCAGAAUGGACAGAUCGCAUCUCCAAACAGAUAUUACUGUACCAAAAGCGUGGCAUAAUUGAGAUGAAGAAGCAGAAGUGGUGGCGCAGUAAAGGUGCCACUUGUGCUGGCAUGGGGUCGUCAGUUAAGCAACAGAGAGUGUCUCUCAACCUCUACAACGUCUCCGGACUGUUCUUGAUCCUUUUUUCUGGAUUGGUGUUCAGUACUGUAUCCGUUGUGGUCGAGUAUUACUGUAGGUCGCGGAAGGUGGGGAAGAAUGAGAUCAAGGAGGAGUUGAGGAUGGCAUUGAACAUGACCAAUGUCAAUGAACAUAGAACGAGGAAGGAAAGGAAGAAGCCCAACAAGAGGGAGUCUAGUGCUUAA